ACAUAUCGCAACAAUGGUGUCUUCGACGGCGCUAACGACGAAGGUGACUUCGGGGUCACCCUACCAGUUGGAGAAGACUCAGGUAUGUCUACUUCCACCAAUUUUCGUGCAUGCACUGCAUAUCAUAAUUAUAUUCCUCAUUACAUAUAUCCACAAGAUAUCUUCAAAGAAUAAUACUAAUAAAUUCGAACAGGUCUCCCGCGCCUCCACGGCUCUUUUGAAACACAUCGCGACCAAGCAAGACGAGAAAGAAAAGACGGCCACAAAGAAGACGCUUAUCGGCGACAACGACGACAGCGACGCGGAAGAAGGCAGCGCUCUGCACAACGAAGCGAUCUGGCUGGUCUUGACAACGAAGAAGCACAUUGUGGACAAGAACCGUCUGAAGCCAGGCAAGAUCCCGAUUCCGCACAGCCUGAACGCCUCUCCCUCCCUCAGCAUCUGUCUCAUCACCGCGGACCCCCAGCGCAGCGUGAAGAACAUCGUCACGGACCCGUCGUUCCCUGCACACUUGUCGUCGCGCAUCCAGCGGGUAAUCGGAUACUCGAAGCUGAAGGAUCGGUACAAGAGCUUCGAGAGCCGGAGACAGCUGCUCGCUGAACACGAUGUGUUCCUGGCUGAUGAUCGGAUUAUCAUGCGGUUGGUGAAUACGCUCGGCAAGGUUUUCUACAAGAGUAGUAAGAGGCCGAUUCCGGUGCGGAUUGCGGAGAUUGAGAAGGUGGAUGGGAAGAAGGUGAAGAAGGAUCCGAAGGUUCGGAAUGCUAGGAAGGUGGAGGGUGAGGGGGAUAAGGAGAGUGCGUUUGCGACGCCGGCGAUUGUGGCUAAGGAGAUUGAGAAGGCGUUGAAUUGUGCGCCGGUUCAUCUGGCGCCUGCUACGACGGCGGCCAUCCGGGUUGGGUCGAGUAAGUUCUCGGCUAAGCAGGUCGCGGAGAAUGUGGAGGCUGUUGUGAAGGGGUUGACAGAGAAGUUUGUCACCAAGGGGUGGAGGAAUAUUAAGGCGUUGCAUAUUAAGGGGGCUAAUACGAUGGCGAUGCCGAUUUGGUUGGCUAGUGAGUUGUGGGUUGAGGAUGGGGAUGUUGUUGAGGAGGAGGAGCAGACUCCUGCUGUUGAGGCGGGUAAGAAGCGCAAGCAGAUUGGUGAUGCCGAGGAGGAGAAGGUGAUUGAGGAGGCGCCGAAGAAGACCAAGAAGGCUAAGGCUAAGGCUGCUCAGGAUGAUGAGGAGACGCUGUCGCUGGCUGCUAGGAAGGAGAAGCUUCAGAAGCAGAAGGCUAAGGCGUUGGAGGAUGGUGCGGUGGCGGUUCCGCCGGCGGCGACUGGUGCUGGUAAGAAGAAGAGAAAGUCGACUUCUUGAUUGACAAUCUGCUUUUGCUGGGUUUAUGUCCGGGCUGUAUUGAAUAGCAAUGGGUGUCUCUUUUGUGUUUUACUCCGGCGGCGCGUGUUCGUUUCUUUCUUCUUGUUCAUACAUCGGGGCUUAAUCAAUACCCUUGGUCGAAUAAAAGUUAUGUAUAGACGUGCUGGUGUUCUGAUCGUAGUGUAUUUUAGAUCAGGUUCUUACCAUGAAAAUCAGACAAGUCGUGAACAUGCGUAC